UCUAAUUGCUGUCUUGUAUGCGGGUACACCGUUAGCUCACUAGGUUUGAAGCUGUGAUCAGAUGGUUCGAAAUCCCAAAUGAGGCUUUCCUGAACUCUAUUAUUUGGAGAGUUUUUCAAGGCUCUCCAUCAUCAUCGCUUUGUUCUAUCGGAGAUGCAUGUUAAAUUAGGAUCGAGGUCCUGUCUCUUAAAUGACCUUUCAGUCAACGUUGAAACGGGUGUUGAAUUAAGAUAAAUGUUUUUUUUUCUAAAAAUACACCGAUUAUGUUAAAUCGACCAUCAGGUCUGAAAGAAUAUAAAAAAGAAAAGAAAAGAAAGCACGCUAUUAUACAGUGUGGGGUUUGCGAUUACCAAGAGUGUGUUGUGUUAACCGCAUGGUCCCGCAAACUUGCAUGUUGCAACAUGUGUGAUAUUGAAACCCCACCCUUCCCCUCAAUCGUGUCCCAUUUGAAUACGCAUAAUGUUGCCACAAUCACAGUACAGUUUUUAGCUUUAUAUAAAAAGCGGAAAUUGAAUUUAUAGAUUUUAAUUACCACUUUCCAGUAUUCGGGUCAGUGUACUUUUACAUUUGCUCCAUUUUAUUUAAAAGGAUUACUACUUGUAGUUUUGCUACGCGUUUUUAUGUGUUAUUUUAUGAGAAUGAGAUGUUUUUACAUAAAAAUGUAAGACAAUAUAAUGUGAUUUUUCCAAGAAGACAUGCUUUUGUUAAGUGAAAUGUGUGUAGAAGAGGAGAGGCUGAUUAUUGUCUUUCAAAGUUUAAAAAAAUUUUGUUCCCAACGUAUGGGGAAGUUUUUGGUAUUGUUAGGACUAUUAUUGAAAACUGUCCCCUCAUCGCUAGUCACUGGGUGUGUCGCAGGUACCACAAGGAUUUUCUCUGGCCAGUACAAAUCAGACUGACCUGCAUUACUGCGGUAUGGCUUCAGCUGUACUUGCCCAGCCGUCCUCUCUUCUCACGAGUACCACCGGGUUGUUCCACGCCCAGGCGAGGAGAAAUACCAAGACCUUUAUCUCGGAACGAGCCUCCACCCAGACAUCUACAGAAAGCGAACUGGCACAACUACUGCACUGUUAUCUCAUGACCAAAGGUGUCGUGCCUCGCCGAUCUGAGAGCUGUUCCGAUAGCAUGCGUCCAGUUACGUCUGCGGAGCUCUUUGUUCGAGAGCUACUUUCCUUGGCAAGGAGCACUACCAAUGGUCAGAUGCCUGCAGGGUGGUCUUGUGCCCAGGACGUACGGGGAGACGCCGGCGGCGACCAGGACAGAAAUGCUUGCAUAUCUGACAGUACUCCACACUCAUACCAUCCAAACCUUGGUGGUACAGGUAACCCGUCGUCAGACCCGAGCACUGGACCGUCCUCUGUUUGCGAGUUGCAACAACAUUCCUCACUCAAUGUAGGAAAUAUGCAUGCAACGGUGCCACAUUACACGCAAGGCAAUUCCUCACCGGUAAAGUGUUCAGUGGUUGCGUCUUCCGCGCUAGACACUCGGCAAGGAGGUUCUGUAAAAGACUCAGGGGUUGCCUUGAGAGUUCCUGCCCUUCUCGCUGCUGGGGCCGACGUCUUUCCAUCACAAGCUCCAAGUCUGGAGCGUCCGUCUUUAGCAUCGGACAUUAGGCUUAGCACAGGAAGCAGCAAGAGCAGAGCCCAGCUACAGUGUUGUCCAAGCGGGUUAGCAACAGGUGGUCUCAGUGCAUGUGGCAGCCAAUCUGUGCUUAAGAAUGCCGUAUCAUCAGUUCACCCAGGUUUGUCCGUAAAUUAUGAUGCCAUUCGCGCUUCUAGUGUCUCGUCAAGAGAACCUGGGUCAACCGUGCCCAAUUUCCUCCUUGAUGGCUGUGAUGAUUACGCCAGAACACGUCUUCCUUCAUCGCACACGGCGGCUCCAACUUGGAACGAUCUACCCUCGCUUGGGCUUCAAGCCAGUACUUCACAGUCUCUCAAUUGUGAGCAGAGUACACCGGUACUGGAAGCGUCAAGUCAAUCCGUGAUGCAGAUUUGUCUGCCUGGCUCGUCUCACACGCUCUUUGUAGAUGGAGUCAGAGCUACUGAGGAAAAAACUGGCUCCCCUCAACCCAUACGCAAUAAUCAGAUGGGGCAUGUCUCUGCGUCAUGUAUUUUGCCCCAGGUAUCCUCUGCGGAGCAGCCCGGCACGCUUUGGAGAGACAGAAGUAAUUUUUUACAACACCCUGCGUCCGCUGCAUGUCUCACUGUGAGUAGUCAUCAUACAUCUUUACCGCAGUCUCUCACCCACACGUUUGCAUCAUCUCAUUCUUCCGGCCCUGAAAGGCCAUGCAGCACAAUAGUCAAUUCUCAACGGCAUCUGAUGGGGGCAAAGAGUCAAUUUCAAACCAACUCUUCACAUGGUGACAUUGAUGACGGUCCUUUAUGGCUCAGUGACCGUGAUUUUUCCACGAACAGGAGUGUGUUUGUUUCUUGUUCUCCCCAGUUCUCGUAUCAAUCAGAGCUACGUGCUGAGUCCGAUAAGUGCCUGAGAGAUGAAGAUGAUUUGGCCUUUUCAGCUGCUGAAGAAAGUCUUAUAGAUGUUGAAUCAGACUCUCACGUUGCCGAGACAGACUGUCCGAAUUUAAACCAAAUUCAGCAUGAGAUCGAUAAACAUAAUGUUCAAAGUGAUACCCAACUGUGGCAUUCUCAUUGCCCGCUGAGAAGAAGCGCCUUACCACACGUUGAUGGGAUAGUUAAAAGCAUGAAAGACGCUGAAAACAAAGAGAAAACCGCCCCAGUGCUACAGAGCCGUAGCCAUUCGAUACACAUUGUUUCAAGUAAUGCGAAUAGUGCUUCCGAUACUAUGUCGCCGGGAAAUGUGGGAGCUUUACAUAGGAUACGGGUAACUGCAUCAUCGGGAAUUUUGGAAGCUGCAAGUAAAUUCCAUGGACUAACGUCAUUUGCAAUUGUGGGAAAAUCAAGUAAAAUCCCCGUAAUUACGUCAUCAGAAAUUGUUGGAGAAACUAGUGAAGUCCCCGUAACUGCGUCAUCGAGGAUUUUGAGAGCGGAAAGUAAAUUCCCUGGAAGUAUGUCCUCAGAAUAUGUUGAAGAAACUAGCGAAAUGCUCGUACCGACGUCUUCGGGAAUUGCCUCUUCCUCAACGAGCCCUGCGUGGGACACAUGCCCCGCACCGAUCAGCACCCCCAUCAGGUCUGCCAAAAUCCACAACAUGAAGAACCAGGGCGAGCUGCUGUACGUGGCCGUCGGCCAGGGCGUCUGCCGCUUCGCCAGCGAGCACCCGAUGACCCGCGGCGUCCGGCUGCACAAGGGCAAGCGGGAGGUGAAACGACAGCUGGUGCGCCUGCGCCGGCGGAGUGACCUUGACCUCCAGGAGACGCUGGUCACAUGGCGACGCGGUAAGGAGGUCUUAGAGCGGAACCGGUUCGACGACUUCUUCGAGCUGACGGCGGAUGGUCUGUGCGAGCAGGCCGAGGUGCACGCGUGCCGGAGGCGGGACCAGUACGUGGUCAACUGGUACGUCUGGUGUCCGGGCCACGGCAACUGCAGGAGGAAGUGCGGCGGCUUCGGCAUCUGCUUGGAAAACUGCCGGGGCAUACAACACAAGCAAGACCGGCACAACUGCAGCCUGAUGAUCAACAUGAAGCUGUUUAUAAGUGACCUGUCCACCUGGAGAAUUCACCUCACGGGGUCUCACGUACCACCGGACUCAUCGGUCACGUGGAUGCCGCCCCCGCCAAAGACGAGACACACUGGCCCAAAGUCCACCAAACCAAACCCUCAGGGACAAGGUUCCCCGGAGAAAAAAUCCGGGGAAAAAUUGUACACCGACCCUGCAGGGGAGAAUCCUCCUUCAGAGAAAGAUGCGUCUUUUAUAGAAAGCUCCCAGCCUGUACGUUCGUCGAGUUUGGUGCUAAGUCAAGCAGCAUUUGAGCCCACGUCGAACUAUCCGUCGAAGAAACGUAUAUCGAAGAUGCUUUCCGCUCUAAAACGGAGGCGGGGCCAAAGACCAUAUAACUACAGGAACUUCAUGAACAGAAAAGCUGCUGGUUCUCAAUCUGUUGGUAAUAAAAGUUCUACAUGUAAUUCGAUAGUUUUCAGUUCUUCAGAGGAUGUGUUGAAAAAGCAAGAUGGCGCUAUGUGUGAUAAUAAUGCUUUCGAGAGUGAUGUAGCUGUGAUGCGUGGCAAAAAGAAAGUGGCUGAUGUUUUCAGUUUACCCAGCCCCCUGCCUGCAUCUGGUUCACUUGUGUCUCAGCCUGAAACCUCUUUUGUUUCUGAUUCAAAGCAAAUUUCGUUGGAGGAUGGAAAUUUGUUAAGUAAUAACGGUAGACUCUGUGAUGGUCAGGAUUUGUCAGUGUCUUUUGGAGUGGACUCUGCCCUUUCCACCUGCUCAACUUUUGACGUGUCUGAGCAGUCUCUAGUUCCGACGAGCCAAAGUAAUGGCCAACUUCUUGUUCCCAAAGCAGGCAGUCUGAACGUCACCUCUCCAACAGCUACUUUUACCGACGAGUCUUCCAGCCUUGCUGAUAUUCAAGCGUCUUUGCAAGUACCGUCUUCCGAACAGGAACGGCUUCUUAACGAAGUGGUGGGUUUGUGCGCUCACAGCAUGGAUUUUCCCGCGAGUGAUAGCUGCUCUAGGAGUACGCUCUGCUUACCUCCCGAGCGAGAGGUCAUCCCAGAGCGGAGUCAGUACGACCAGCCGUUCCUCAGCGCAAACUCUUUGACCGACAUUUUGCAGCAGGUGAAUUCGGGGCUCAGGUCUCAACUCCUGGACAGUAGCGAAGCGAGCCAUGACCAGGUCUCCGACCAAACUCAGUGGUCAGUCACUCUCUCAGGAGACCAGACGCCCGUACAUUCACAGUUGAGAACACCCGGCGGAUCUGUUCCUGUUGGUGGUCAUCUCAAUUUCCCCCAGUGGCCAGAUGAUCAUCUCGGUCCCUCCUCCCCCUCCCCAGCACCUGACGCCGAAAGGCUAAGUCCUUGCUGUGCCUCUGCUCCCGUUCUCCCACCCACUGGUGAGGACGGUGCUGUUGCCUUGUAUUCCCAACUAGGCGGUGUAUGUUCUUCCUCCGGCGUGGAACAACAUACGGAAACGUCCGUUACAACAGCCAGUCAGGGUCUGGUCCCUGUGUCCCCCCACCACGCAGUUCUGGUGUCAGAGGCGCUGCCGUCAUACCAGGAGGCUGCGGCGGCUCUAAUCGCGAGACAGAGGAUGGGGGAUCUACACUGAGAUAGUCUGUGACGACUUGAUGCCGUUUAUGGCAGAAAUGUUACUCUCUGUGACAACAUAAGACUGUGUGUGGCAGAAAUGUUACUCUCUGACAACAUUAUACCGUUUAUGGUUGAAAAGUUACUCUCUGUAACGAUAUUAGUCGCUCUUUGUGGUUUUAAUGUAAUGUUAUUUUUCCCUCCUCAAAGCAAGAUGCCAGUAAGUUUUAAUUUCUGUAUUGGUUUUUAAUAGUUGUUGUGGAGAAACUGUUCUUCCGGAAUGGCCUUUAUUCUGUCCUAUCAGUCAGUCAGCUUGGAUUGAAACAAAAUAAACAUCACUGGUCACGAAGA